CUGAUUGUCGACGUGGAACGAAGUUCUUUGGAUAUGGGUGGACCUCCAAGUCAGACCUCAUCGUCAGCUACAGAGAAGCGAAUCCAUCAGUCGAUCCUGUGCUCUACGCAAAGUCUGGCCGAGAAAGUCGACGAAUUGCGAACGGCAGCUGUGUCCAAAGGCGAGGCACUUCCACACUGUGUCGAAGCUCACUGGGAAACAGUACAGCCGCUUGCGGCAUCCGCAUGCGAAGCCGCAGCAAUCGCACGCGACAGUCGCCAGCAGGCCGAAUUGUUUGACAAGUGUCGUACGGUCGUCGAGGCGGAGCUCCAGAUGAUGUAUGCAUGCCGUGACUCCGCAGGAAAUCCCAAGGCAGUCGAAGCUCAUGCUCGUGUUGACGAAGCCGCUGUACAAUUGAAAGAUGCACUUGAUGAUAUGAGAAGUACCGUGAGCGCGAUCAGCAGUGAACAAGGAGUCAUCCAAGGAAUGGUCGAGACGAUUUCUCAUUCGAUUGCUGGUACCGACAUGAUGCAUGCAUCUUCUCAAGGAUCGUCCUUUGCUGAUGCACAAACGAAAAUCAAUCAAUACCUUGAGGAUAUUAGACGAAAUGCCACCGACAUGCCGUAUUCUGAACCACAAGCCCUUGGCAAUAUGGCUUUGACGCUCAGCGAAAAGUAUCGGCUACUGGCUGAAGAAGCUAGACAGGCCGUAGCCAUGCUUCCGUCUCCGAGUGUAGCUCAAAAACUCAAAGUAGCUGUACAGAGAUUAGGAACCUCAUGUAUUGAUACGGUGAAGGUGGCUGGACAACGCCGUGCACAUCCAGCAGAUCAGGUCUGUAUCGACUUAUUGAUUGCCGAUCUGAUUCAAAAAGAAUUCCUCCAUUUCAAGCGUACACAUCGAGAACUAACCGAUAGUUCGCGUGUGGUGGUGGAACGGGUGAACGCGGUGUUGGCAUCACUGCACGAAGGCUCGAAAGGCACUCAGGCUUGUAUCAACGCUGCCAAUACCGUAUCCGGAAUCAUUGGCGACUUGGACACGACGAUCUUGUUUGCCACCAGCGGAAGUCUGAACGUUACCACUGAGCAGCGCGAUUUCAAUGAGCACAGGGUUGCCAUUAUCAAAACAGCAAAGGCGCUGGUCGAAGACACCAAGGCACUUGUCGCUGGAGCAGCGUCCAACCAAGAACAGUUGGCAGUCGCCGCUCAGAAUGCAGUUCGAACCAUCGUCAACCUUUCAGAUGCGGUCAAAAACGGCGCUGGCAGUUUGCCAAGUUCCAACUCUGAAGCUCAGGUCCUGGUAAUCCAUGCGGUACGUGAUGUGGCCGCUUCGUUGUCGGCCCUGAUUCAGGCCACAAAGAACGCCUCUGGUAGAUCGCUCCAUGACCCUGCAAUGGGUCACCUCAAGGAGGCCGCCAAGACAAUGGUUUCGAACGUGACGUCUCUACUGAAGAUUGUGAAGACCGUCGAGGACAAGACCCAGCAAGGUACCAGAGCUCUGGAAGCAGCCAUCGAUGCCAUCGGAAUCGAAAUCAAGACUUACGACCACGAGACCGGUGAGGGUACAUCAGGCCCGUCCGGUGCCACACCGGAACAUUUGGCACGUGCAACAAAACGCGUCACUGAUGCGACAGCUCGUCUUGCCGGUGCCGCCCAGACGCUCCAACAAAGCGAUGUGAUAGCCGCUGCGAACCUGGCCAGAGCUGCUGUCAGUGAGCUGCUGAUCGUAUCUCGUGCUGCGGCUGCAGACGCUGAUUCUGCUGAAGCCCGAUACCGAACGCUUGACUCUGGACGUGAUGUCGCCGCUCAGGUCCGUGGUCUGCUUGUGGCCUUGCAUACGGUUCUAGCACGAAAUGCUGAUCAGUCAUCGCGACAGUUGCUUCUGGAUGCUUCCCGUGGAGUGGCACGUGCAGUAAAAGACUUGAUUGGAUGCAGUGAACUUCUGAAGGUACUGGGUGACACAUGGGCGGAUCAAUCCGAUCCGACGGUAGUGGCUGAAAACGAAUUAAUGGGAGCAGCAAGUUCGAUAGAGGCAGCUGCUGUGAAAUUGGCAGAACUCCGUCCACGAGUACAACCGAAAACCGAUGAGAAUUUAGCCUUUGAUGAACAGAUCCUCAGUGCAGCCAAAUCGAUCACUGCCGCUGUUCAAACGCUGGUGAAAGCGGCUUCGUCAGCUCAACGUGAGCUCAUUGCUCAAGGUCGUCUUGAGUCUCAUCCACAACAGCACAGUGAAGACUACCAGUGGUCUGAGGGUUUGAUCAGUGCUGCUCGUUUCGUUGUUGCCGCUGUCCAUCAACUUUGUGAAGCAGCAAAUGCUCUCGUUCAAGGUCAAGCAAGUGAAGAGAAGUUGAUUUCGGCUGCGAAGCAGGUGGCAGCAUCAACCGCUCAACUGCUCGUAGCCUGUAAUGUCAAAGCCGAUAUGGACAGUCAGGCAAGGAGACGACUUCAAGCUGCUGGACAUGCUGUUAAGACGGCUACGGAGCGGCUUGUUACAGCAGCUCGGCAGAACGUGGUAGAGGAUGAACGCAACAUUGUGAUUUCUGACCGACUUGUCACUGGCAUUGCACAGGUGAUGGACGCCCAAGAACAAGUGCUCCGUAAAGAGAAAGAACUCGUGCAUGCCAGAGAACGUCUCGCGAACCUCAACAAGGCACGAUACGAACGUGGAGCAUCGCCCGAGCAGUAA